AAAUCUUAAAUAUUGAAUUAGCGCUAUUUUUCAUUAUUUUUUAAAAAAUAUACGUGAAUAAGCAGUAAAUGUAGUGUUAAUGGUUAAAAAAAUACAUAGUAUAAAUGUGAAAUUCAGUAUAAGCUUAGAAAUAACACACCAAAAGUUGUUAAGUUAAGAACUUUAGUAUCAAAUUUGUCGAAAACUAUAAUUCUGCGGCAGAAAAAACCUCUUUUGCCAAAACUUACCCCAAAUUCGGGGCCUGGUGACGAUAUACUAACCACUUAAAUGAUAAAAUGAAUGCAGUUAUAGCGCUCUGCCAUUUCUGCGAGGCACAUGGGCCUAGUGCAAUAUUUUGUACGCAAACAUUGCGAGAUACAAAACUUGAAGAGCUGCAGCUAAAUCAACAACAUGUAGAAAAUAAACUUUGUUCUGCAUGCAAUUCCCUCGGACAAACCAAUGGCAUGUACAGCAAAGAUAAUGAAAGUGGCGCUACUUUUUUAAGCACACAAACAGCUGCAUUGCCGGAUGUACAAUUGCUGAUUAAGCAGGCAGCUGUGCGCAGCCUCAGCUGUGAAAUUAAUUCCAACAAAGACGGAGGUUUUGUAUUCUUUGGUGACUCUUCAAGGGGACAUGUAUUAAGUCACACAUUUCAAGUAAAUGAUUUACAGGCACGCGGAUUCUAUCAACUCUUCUCAAUAAUUGUCCUUAUGAAGGAUAAGUACUUUCUCCUAAACACAAAACCCUUUCUAGCAGAACACCUGCGCAAAAUAUCCGCCGACAUACAAGCAUCUGCCAAGAAAAUUAACGAUGAGACAAAGGAAUUGCCGCGUCAACGGCGCCUAUCCAGUGCCCAAGUUUUAGUACAGACUCCACGCUCUUUAGUAGAAUUAACUGGCGAAGAGAAUAUUUUUGCAUUCUUACAUUCACAUUUUUCGUGGAUACUGUUGGCCGGCUCACGAUUUCUUACGGAACAUGUAACUUUCGGCAAUUUGCCGUGGUUACCACCACAAAGCAGUGACCGUCCACCACAACAGCGUUUGACUUAUAACAUAACACUGCCAAUGUUACAAAAGUACGAGGAAACAAUUAAUGAUCCGGAGCGUGAGGAGUUUUAUUCACUAAGGCAUGUGAAGGAAGUCGUGCGACGAGAAUUCAACACAAUCGUUUACUGCGCUUUAACUGGCAUAAAAAUAAUUGUUCGCGGUAGCUCAGAUCGCACGUUAAAUUUCAUGUUGUGUUUGAAAAAACUACUUCCAGAACCAAUGCAUAAUCUCAUGCGUAUUGAUGCUCAGCAUCAGCAUUCUAUUAGUUCUGAUUAUAAAAUAAUAUCUGUGUCAAACGAAAUAGCAGUGCCUAUGGCAUGUAGCUCUGUGUAUCGUGUAGACUUUUUGGAUGAUUCUGCUGAUGGUCAGAAAGUUUGUGUAAAAUGGCCAGGGGAAUUGCCAAGAAAAUGGCCCGACUUGAUGGUAAAAUUAAUGAAGGCAGUGGACGAGAAACGUUUUACACCGCUGGUGUUAAAUAAGCAAACAAGAGUUUUAAUGGAAGAGUGGAAAAACAAAGUCAUAUGUCUAAAUCAGGCAAAAUCGUCCAAUGGUCAAGCGAAACUAAGAAAAGUUUUAGGCGUUCAACCUCAGGAUCAGCCGCUAAUAAAUUAUUGGAGUGGACAUUUGCAAUAAUAUCACAUGAACAUACA